AUGUUGCAGAAGCGCUUCGCGGACAAGACGCGCCAGGAGCAGGAAUACUUCGCAAGAUUACGACACCUGACUCCUGUUCGUUCAUCUGGUGACACAAGAGCCCUCCGACAACUCUACGACCACGUACUCGUCAACAUCCGAGGCCUGGAGUCAUUGGGUGUGGAAAGGUCGUCGUUUUCGUCCAUGCUCUGCGACAUCAUCCUUAGGGUGGUGCCCCGAGACGUCGUAGUUAACUACCAUCGUGCAUGCGCUGCGCAAGUCGAGAGUGCUACCGCGGACAAUGCUGCUGGUUCUUCGAAACUAGACGGUCUACUCAAACUCCUUUCGAUCGAACUGGAAAGCCUGGAGAAGAGUGACUAUAAGGACAGCAGCGUGCGAGACAGCGGCGGUCAGCUUACAUCAAACCAGCCAUCCCGCAGUCGCCACUGGAAGCAGCCUGCGUCAUCUGUUCUUAACACGAACUCAGAUCGCUGUGUUGAGGAAAACAUGGCAGCAUGUGCACCGCUGCUGCAUAAGCACUUGGCACCUGUGCUGAAGAAGGACACCAUGUACUUGAUUUUUCAAGUUGAAGAACAACAAAAAAGAGGCAAUGCUAAGGCAUCGGAAGAAGCACUGAUGCCACUUCUGUGUGCCUACUUUAAGGAAAAUGAAAGGCAGCUUUUCCAAGUUUUUGAAGAAGGAACAAGCAUAACGGAAAAGCUGGAAGAGCUGCCUCUCACACCUACUGUCAUCGCACUGGGUAGCAUUUUCAGCAAGCAAUGCUUUGUGACAUGCGACCACGAGGUCCUCUUCUCGCAAGCGUUGAGCUUCACGGAAGCAACUUGCCUGAUGUUUUUGUGCUAUUAUGUGUUUAAUAUCACAUAUGCCGAGGAGGGUUCAACCACACUAGAGUUUCUCCAAAGGCUGCUAUUUCACAUACAACCUUCAACGGGCACGAAAGCACAAGGGAAGAAGUCUCGGACAAGUGUACAUAACAAGAUUAUGUCAUUAGCCCGGAAGCUGCAAGUGAAAUGUUGAAGCUGUAAUGAAGCUUCCGGAAUCCUUCUAGUCCUGCAGUUUUUUUCUCUUUUUUCUUCAUCUAUUUUUUGUAAUAAAUAUAACUUUUGUUCAGACCAGCAGUUGGUUGAUGGGUUGGGUUCACAUGAAGCUGCGCAAGUAUGCUUUAUGUAUGCCAUUGACAGCCCAAGUAUACAACACAAUGACAUGACGAAAGUAAAGCAGUGGAUGCAAGAAGGGAACAUGCGAACACUGUUUUUACAUGGUUUCAGUCUAUAUAAAUCUUUAUGUUCGGGAGGAAAACCAUUUGGUCAUUAUGAACCAUUGAAUAAUUUCUGUACUUCGCGCUAUGAUAGUUGGUUUGCAAUAAUUUGUUUUAUGUAAAACUUGAAAUGAAACAGGAAAGAGUAUGGAUGAUGCUGUUUCCUGUAUUAUAUGAUCUU